UGGCCCUUUGCGGCGCAGAUCGUCGGCGGGCACUGGCGCCGGCGAGACAACCCCAGCAAGGUGUCAAGGCAAAAUUCGUAAAAUAUUACUACUGAGUACCACCACUACAGGUUAGUGCUAAUCUGGAGGGGAAUCACCCACCAACCCCCCACUCCCACCACACGCGGCUUUCCUCAGUUCCUCUCGAUCGGGUCUCGCCGUUUCCGUUCGUCACCGGGCACUCGCAUGGAGAAUCCAGCGGACGGAACCUCCACCUCCGCCGACAACGCGAAGCAGGCUUCGCACAGACUUGCAGUGGUCACUGGUGGAAACAAGGGAGUCGGCCUGGAGGUGUGCCGCCAGCUUGCUGUCAAAGGUGUAACAGUCAUCCUAACAGCAAGAGACGAGAAGAGAGGGAAGGAUGCCCUCGAGUCCAUUCGCCGUGAGUCUGACCUCUCUAACAUAGUCUUCCACCAGCUUGAUGUCCAGGACGUCAACAGUGUUACCUCCUUAGCGCGAUACGUCGAAAGCAGUUACGGAAAGCUUGACAUUUUGGUUAACAAUGCAGCAGUUAUAGGAGUUGCAGCAGACGAGGAAGGCCUGAAAGCUCUGAACAUUGAUGCAGAGACAUGGACAUCUGGCAGAGCAGCCAGUCUGCUCAAAGAUGUGUUCCAGAACACCUAUGAUGUGACAAUGAAUUGUCUCAACACAAAUUACUAUGGAUGCAAACGGGUAACAGAAGCUCUCCUUCCUCUACUGAAACUUUCCACAUCGGGAGGAAGGAUCGUCAAUGUAUCCUCCCUUGCAUCGGAGUUAAAGAGAAUGCCGAGCGAGAAGCUACGGAACGACCUGAGCAACAUUGAGAUCUGGGAUGAGGCGCGAAUCGAGGCGCUGCUGAAGACCUUCGUGGAAGAUGUGAAGGAGGGACGGCUGGAAGAGGCGGGUUGGCCGACGAUGCUGCCUGCUUACAGCAUGUCGAAGAUGGUAAUCAACCUCUACACGAGGAUCCUAGCGAGGCGGCACCCGGAGAUGCGCGUCAACUGCGUGCGCCCCGGUUUCGUGAAGACGGACAUCAACUGGAACCUUGGGACCCUGACGCCUGAACAGGGCGCCAGGGGCCCGGUCAUGCUGUCCCUGCUCUCUCGAGAAGGCCCGACCGGGUGCUACUUUGAUCAGACAGAGUUGGUGAAUGUUUGGUAAUCUGAUUGCCCUCGGCUUGUCAGGAACUACGUUACGGUAAGUUUGUCUCUUCCUGACUCAUGCCUAAGACCAACGGCCAGGACAAGUUCUGGUUCUUGUAUUUUUGACAUAAAUAAAGAGUUCAGGCGCAGCUAUGGUUCUGCAUAGUUACCAGAUACCGCUUGACGAAAGAAUAGGAGCCGAUAGAAUCUUAGUGUGUUCAAAGUAACACAGUUUAUUAGACGUUAAUCGG